AUGACAAUGAAAUUAGCUCUCUUUGUUUCCCUCAUGAUUGCUAUACUAGGAGCUCCAAUAUCUGAAGCCGAACCAGGGCUUGGAAGUAUCGUCUUCAAUUUGAUCCACAUCCAGGGGACUCUGUAUUGCAUAGUCAACACCAGUAUGGGUACCAAUGGUACCGCCACCCCUGUUUUCCCAAAUGCUGAAGUACUACUCUCGUGUGGAGCUAGAGGACACGUGGUUGCUUCUGGUUAUAAUUAUACCAAUGCCACAGGACGAUUUUUGAUAUCCAGGGAUCCUCAACAGUAUUUUGUUCCUAUAUUGUUGAAGAGUUGCAAAUUAGUGAUUAUCUCACCCUUCGAUCAGUGCAUUUCCAAAUCUACUGUAGGGCGCUUGGUAUCACCCUUGAAGUACAUAGGGAAGACUGUUUUCGGGGAUAUUACAGUUGUGAACAUUAUUCCAAAUGGAUUUAUUCUCGUUCACUCGAGGAACAAAAGCACAAGUUUACCAUUGUUAGUGUUCAACUAUUCAUUAAUAAGAUCAAUCUAUAUGGUAGCUUCAUUUUUCUUUCCAUGUACUCUUAAGAAUAGUACUUUUAAAUGGAAAAAGUUAACUGAUGCUCUAACGGCAUUAGUUUAA